CUCCCCGAGAUUCAGUUUCUUCGUUGAAUGGCAUCGAGUUGAUCCUCUCUUUGCUUGGCCUGUAACAACAUUCAAAAGAGUUGGUGCAUUUCCAUUUGAGCUAGUGGUGGCCGAUCAUCGAUCAUUCAACCUGUUGCGGCUCCAAGAAGCUCUGCCGUCAUCGCGAUCGCACCUCACCUCGGUCUCUCCUUCCGGAUCUCACGCGCGGCUACUCCCCAUCUUCCUUUCUUCCCCUCCUCACUACCAACCAGCUUCCAUUCGGUGGUAUCUGCUCCCAAUUGACAUGAUACAAAAGACUCCUUGAUACCCUGCAGAUUUUCUUUGCGAUUGAUCUCUCCAUCCAGCCGUCCGCCCGCCAUCAUGCGCGCCAGCUCGAUCAAGCGCUCCCUUGGAGUCAACCUGACCACCAAGAUCAAGGAGUCGCGCGUCCUCCUGGUUGGCGCUGGUGGUAUCGGCUGCGAGCUUCUGAAAAACCUCGUCCUUACCGGCUUCGGCGAAGUUCACAUCAUCGAUCUCGACACUAUUGACCUCAGUAACCUGAAUCGACAGUUCCUUUUCCGACAUGAACACAUUAAGAAGCCCAAAGCCCUGGUUGCGAAAGAAGUUGCGCAUAACUUCCAACCCGGCGCAAAGUUGGAGGCUUAUCAUGCAAACAUUAUGGACCGUCAAUUCAACGUUGGUUGGUUCGAGACGUUCGACAUCGUUUUCAACGCACUAGACAACCUGGCUGCUCGGCGUCAUGUCAAUAAAAUGUGUCUUGCAGCUGGAGUACCGUUAAUUGAGAGUGGAACCACUGGCUUCAAUGGACAGGUCCAGGUCAUUCAGAAGGGAGAAACCGAAUGCUACGACUGUAACCCCAAAGCCACACCCAAAACCUUCCCUGUCUGCACUAUUCGUACUACACCGUCACAGCCCAUUCAUUGCAUCGUCUGGGCAAAGAGCUAUCUCUUGCCGCAGCUUUUCGGUGUCAGUGAAGAUGAGGCGGCCGAGCUUGACAUGACAGAGAACGCCGACAACGCCGAUGAAAUUGCGAACCUCAAGAAAGAGGCAGAUACUUUGAACGAGAUCCGAGAAUCCAUGGGAUCAGAUGACUUCCCCAGAAAUGUGUUCAGGAAAGUCUUUGAAACCGAUAUGGAGCGACUGCGUGGUUUGGAAGACAUGUGGAAAGAACGAGAAGCGCCGAAAGUACUCGUUUUCGAUGAACUUCAAGAAAGUUCAGCCUCUACAAAUCUUCCAGAUUCCAAUGGCGAUCAGCGCGAGUGGAGUAUCGAAGAAAAUCUUGUCGUGUUCAAGGACAGUUUGAAUCGCCUCAGCAAGCGUUUAAAGGAGCUCCAAUCGAAGAAGAAACCGGACGACCCUGAGCCGAUCUUAGCCUUUGAUAAAGAUGAUGAAGAUACCCUGGAUUUCGUCACGGCCACGGCAAAUCUCCGAGCAGAAGCCUUUCACAUAGGACGCACUUCGAAAUUCGACACCAAGCAAAUGGCUGGCAAUAUCAUCCCUGCUAUUGCUACUACCAAUGCUAUGACCGCUAGUCUUUGUGUUCUGCAAUCCUUCAAGGUUCUUCAAAAUGAUCUUUCACACGCCAAAAUGGUUUUCCUGGAGAGAUCUGGUCCACGUGCAAUCAAUUCGGAAGGGCUCAGAGCUCCAAAUCCAUACUGUGAUGUAUGCUCCGCCGUACGAGGGGGCCUCUCAGUUACCCCUAGUGCAACACUACAGGAUCUUGUGGAAGGCGUGCUCCAAAAGCAGCUUGGUUAUAAUACGGACGAGAUCUCUAUCCUGGCUAACGAAGACGUUGUCUAUGAUUUUGAUACGAAGGACAAUCUCCCAAAGAAGCUGUCAGAGCUGGGAAUUACGAAUGAUUCCUUCGUGACCGUCACAGACGAAGAUGAUAUCGAGCAAGAUCCUCGCGUCAAUUUAGAGUUUUGGAUUGUUGAACAAACCGAGCCCGCCGAAGCUGCGAAGGUCAUGCUAAAGACUCUCGAUAUUCCACGGAGGAAAAAGAAGCCGGUCACGCCCGAGCCAGACGUUGCAGUUGUGACAAAUGGCACAGCAGGGACUGGUAAACGUAAGCGCGAGGGUGAAGAUGAGCUUUCGACUGACGGUCAUACUGCCAAGAAAGUUGCUGGCGAAUCAGCAAAGAACGGUGACGAAGAUCCUGCUGGCGAGUCAGCAAAGAACGGUGACGAAGAUGUUGCUGGCGAAUCGGCAAAGAAUAGUGACGAAGAUGUCGUUGUCAUCAAUGAUGACGAAGGUGCCAUUUUAAUCGAUGAUUAGACUCACAUCUUCCUGGCUUAUGCGCAUGUAUUUGAAUCCUUUGGCAUGGUUAAGGACCGGUUGGCACAGACAUGGAAACUGGCCUCUACUUCUUACACGUUAUGUAACAUACCUUUAACAUUUUUCCCAAUUGACUCUGGUAUCAGAACCGAUUUAUUACAAGC